CCUUGUGCAACAUUACGCAUGGGAUUGACGCCAUUUCCUCGUUAUUAUUUGCCCGGAUGAUAUUGAUGGGGAAAUAAGCGCAGUUUUGUGUGUGUGUGUGUGUGGUUUUUUAAUGAAAAAAAAUAGAUAUAAAUAGAUAUGUAUAUAAAAAAAAUAUUUUAUUGUGUUUUUUUUGAAUAAAAAUGCGUCUUGGGCGAAAGGAGAGAUGGUGAAUACAGAGCAAGAUCUGGAGCCCUGGAUUCACACUGAACAGCUGUGAUCCACAAGCAAAGUACCUCUCCAACAUACGCUCUGGGCUGCGAAGAAAGCGAAUGCCCGAUUCCUAACAAGCUCCACAGCAGCGAGGAGAAGCUGAGAGGGAGAGAGAGUGACAGAGAGAGAGUGACAGAGAAAGAGACAUGCAACCCUCCACCGAGCCGAUGGUCAACAACUCAGAGAGUAGCGUCUACUCCAGGGAUGAUAACACCGGUCCCAAAGGCAAGGGCCAGUGUCGCCCGGUCGCCUCUCCCCGUUUCGGUAGCCACAGCUUGCAAGGGGGCAACGGCACCAACCAGGGCACCAAGAUCUCCUUUCGCUGCUUGCCCGCCUACCAGCUGGUCGGAAACGAAAAGAUUUUGUGCGUGGCAAAGGGCAACAGCACGGACUGGACUGGAACGUUCCCAGAAUGUCAAGCUGUUCCAGUGCGCAACGAAUUUGGCUUCAAAGUUGCCGUGAUCGCCUCCAUCAUCAGCAGCGCCAUAAUCCUGCUGCUCAGCACAGCGUUCCUAACCUGCUGCCUCGUCAAGUGUGUCAAGAAGAAUGAGAGACGGAAGCAGAGGGGAGUUCAGACCUGGUUUCAGAUUGAAUGCGAUGUGGGGGAAGACCCGAGGGCUCCUUACUAUGGCAACAAAAGCAGAUACAACCACAACAACAACAACAGCAGCGGCUGCUGUGACAAAUUCAGGGACACGAGGCUGGUGGCCGAUGUGGAGCGUGGCCUGGAAAACCGAGGUUUCUGCAGGUGCCAGGAGCAGAUUUUGGAGGAUUUCCGGGUCACCGUGUGCUGCGCGGAAAACGAGCAGUGGAGGAUUUUGCAGCAGCAGAACGCUCACGUCUCCAAAACGUCCGGGCUCGUCGAGUCUGAGAUGGGACAGGAAUCGGUACCUGCCAAGCACAUGGUGUUAACACACGCGGCUGUUCACCAGCCCAGGAGCAAAGAGGGGAAUCAUAUACCCAGUCACCCACCUUGACACUUGGAGCUGUCGUACACCAAUGUAGGGGUAUUUGCAUUCCAAUGGACCUCAAAGGGCAGCACAGCUGAAUAAGACCAUGGCCUCAGAGACGUGCCUUAUGACUGUGAAUGUUUCCACAGACCUUGUUUUCUAAUGAGGGAAUCUUUAUAUGUACUCCCAGGAACAGAAUUACCAUUUACCAUCGAUGACUGGAGGUUUCAAGGGGACCUAAAGCUUUAUUUUAAUAUACGUAUCUAUAUAUAUAUAUAAAAAUACAUAUAAUCGAUGCAAAGGGCGAUGGCUCAUUACCGUAAUCAUUUGCAUUUUCAAUGCACCGCUACCGGUAUUGGAGUCUAAUGCUUUGUUUGUAUUUAAAGCAUGAAACUGUAUACUGCCCCGGAAACCCACCUGUUGUGUCUCUGUGUCAUCGCUGUUUGGCACACUCGAUUUUAAGGGAUUUUCUGCUAAUAUAAUAUAAAGACGAUUUGAAUCUCGAGACGGUGGGAAUUAAAGCCUCAUUGCACAAAC